AUGAACGAACUCAAAAAAUUACUAAAUUAUGCUAAUCCAGAAGAAGAAAAAAUCAUAGUCAAUUUUGGCGGAUUUCUUAAAUCAUUAAAAACCGCUGCUGGUGAUGAUAAAUUACCUGUUGAUGAUACGGAUAUUCCUCGGGCAACGGAUUUUCUUUUUGAAGAUAUGGUGGGAAGAGUAGAAAAAUUAAUUAGUUUAAAAGAGGCGGCUGAAAAACCAGGUGCUCCUCCGGUUUACCUUGAUUUAAUUAAAGAUUUUGAAAAGGCAUUGGCGGACAAAAACCAAGAAAAAAACCGAAAGCAAAACCAAGAGGCAAACAAAAAUGAUAAUAAAUUGAAUAUUGCGAUUGGUUUGGGAGCGGCGGCGUUAGUAAUUGCCUUAAUUUGUUUAAUUGUGGUGGCUAAAAAUAUAAAGCAAAAAUUUAAUCGAGAAAAACCACAUGUAAAUAUUGGAGGUAUAGGUCAUGUUGACCAUGGCAAAACUACUCUUAUUGCGGCAAUAACUAAAUAUUUGUCCGAACACAAAGAAAAAGGACAAGCCAAGUUCAAGGCUUACGGAGAAAUUGAUAAGGCUCCGGAAGAGAAAACGCGGGGAAUUACUAUUAGCACCUCUCAUGUCGAAAUUGAAACUUCAAAGCGACAUUAUUCUUGA